GGGGGUUGGGUUUGUCUGUCCCCAUUUCCUCGUGUUUGGUUGUUGGGGAUAGGAGUUGCUGUGGUUUCUGGGACUCUUUGGGGGUUGCAGCGGCUGGCCUGGGUGUCCCCCCCCCGGCUGUAUUUGGGUUUGGAUUGUUGGGUGGUUGCUGGUUUUCUUUUCAAGUACUGUGGGCUGCAGGGUGGGAGUGGUUUGGCUGCACCUCUCGUGUGCUGCCUCAGUGGGAUCACUAGAGCAGCAGUUCCAGCUUCUGGGCACUGCUAGAUAUCAUGGGUCCUAAGAAGGCAAAGGCAAAGACUGGAGGGAAGCGGGUUCGGCCCCCCCCUCGCCCUGCGCCAAUAUCUGAUUCAUCCUCGGAUGAGGAUGGGGAUAUGGGUACAGUUAGGGCGCUCAUUGCGCGCCUCGAGGCGCUGGAGAGACAGAAGCUGGCGCCUGCGUCGGAGGAGAAGGGUGGUCCGUCAGGCUCACACGUGGCUUCUAAGAGAGUUACCAGAGGCCUUAAACGUGCCAAACUUAUGCAAUCCCUAGCAUCCAGAAUUGAAGCCUUGGAGGCGGGUAAUCCACAGCUGGUCCCGGCAGCGGUUGACUUGACAUCAGACAACAGUGGUUCGCCGAUUGUUUCCGGAUCUGGCGGUGGGGAUGCCCGCCCUGCGGACGCGCAAGGGCUAGGUGCAGCGCUUUCGCCAGCUCGCGCCAGAGGCGGAACGUCAUCCCGAACAGAUGCCGUUGUGGCUGUGGAGCCUUGGCGCUUAGAAGCGCAGAGGGCUGUUUGGGCCUCCCUGGCCCCCAGCACACGCACGGCUUAUAAUAGACAGUGCAGGGCCUUCAUGGAUUUUAGGACACAGGUAGGAUUGGGUCAGGACUGGCCUCCUCCUGCGGAACAUCUGAUGCAGUUCCUGGUACACCUUAAGGGUAAGGGGCUUUCUUCCAGGGCAUUGGCGGGCUAUUUGGCGGCCCUGGCUUUCCAAUCUAAAGCUCGGGGCCUUGCUGACACCACAGGGGACUUCAGGGUACGGAGGAUGCUGGAGGGUUGGUCCCGGGAGCAUCCGGCCGAGGCCGAUAGCCGUAAGCCCAUUUUGCCUUUGGCGAUUCGGGGUGCAGUGGAGCAUUUAGCGGGUGUUUGUAGGUCCCCUUAUGAGACUGCGCUUUUCCAUGCAGCUAUGGUGGUCCUGUUUUUUGGGGCCUUUCGGGCCAGCGAGCUUUUCCCCAGGGGGUGGUUCAGCCACUCCACUAGGGUAGUCCAGUUCGGGGACACUGUCCCCGGGCGGGCCGCAUUGACCUUGCGCCUGCGUUUUUCUAAGACUGAUCAGCGGGGCAGGGGGCACCUUGUGUCACUUCAUCGGGCAGAGGACGUUUUGUUGUGCCCAGUGCGGGCCCUUAACGCUUACCUGACCCUUCGGGGGGCUGCGCCUGGGUGCCUUUUCAUCCAUGAGGAUGGACGCCCCCUCACUCAGUACCAAUUCUGGGCGGUGGCCCGCCGUGCGCUUCAUGCGGCAGGGGUGGACACUGCACGGCUUUCCCUUCACUCCUUCCGCAUUGGUGCGGCUUCAACGGCCUCCCGGCUGGGUCUUUCUGGCGAGACUAUCCAGCGCAUUGGGCGUUGGCGAUCUGCCACUUACCGGAAAUAUGUGCGCUAGCGUCUUUGAGUCGACGCUAAUUGUGUUUUUCUUUACAGGCCCGGCGCGUAGGGCUGAGAGGGCUCGGGUCCUCAUCCUGGGCCAUUCCAUUGUUUUCUGGGCUCACAAGGCUGCACGUGGGGUCCAGCCUGGAACGCAGCUGGGUCUGGGCCAGUGGGCAUCGAUCUCCUGGAUCGGUCGUCGCGGGAUGGUCAUCGCCCAAUUUUUGCCUCUGUUUCAGGAAUUUAUGGCGGCAAACCAGCCGCCGGAUAUCCUUGUUCUGCAUCUUGGUGAAAAUGAUUUGGCAUCCCAGACUGGGUUGGCUAUCUUCCACAGCUUGAGGAGGGAUAUUUUACAGGUCCUUAGGUGGUGCCCGGGGAUUGCCAUCCUUUGGUCAGCCAUGCUGCAGCGCAGGGUUUGGAGGGGAGCCCGGGACCCUUAUGGGGUGGACAGGGCCCGCAGGAAGGUUAACGCACAGAUGGCACGUUUUCUGGGGUCCAUUGGUGGAGGGUUUAUAGAACACCCGGGCAUAAUUUUUUCGUUACCCUGCCUCUUUAGAGGGGAUGGUGUCCACCUUUCGCCUAGCGGGACCCGUUUGUUUUUGAAGGAUUUGGAGCAGGGAUUGGCUGCGUGGCUACGCACUCAGUGGGGUUAGCAUGGUGUUAAGCUAGGCUAACCCAUGCUUUGGCAGGUGCAGUGCGGUUGGAAAUGAUGUUAUUAGGCUGGUGAGCACCUUCGGGUAAGUGUUUGGCUAUGGGUCAUAAAGGGGCAACUCCCUAGAGACUGCACGGCUCAGGGAUGUCUGCCCUUGGUUGACCUACCCUGACUGGUUAAGCCCCAUGGAAUGGCUGAACGGCUACCUGGGGGCGAUGCUAGUUCAGGGACCCGGCACUAGGCUGGCUAGGAUAGGCAGCCCCGGUUUCAGAGCUUUCGGGUUGCCUGGAGCCAAGGUGCAUCGCCCUAUGCCAUAGGUUAUGCAUGCCAUGGUUGUGCAUGCCUGUAAUACCGCACUGUAAGAAGGGAUCAGCCAUCCCUGCUCUUUCAUUGUUGUUAAAGUUUAAUAAACUGUGGCCCUUAUUUACACCAA